AUGGCGGGCGAGAAGGGGCUGGUGCUGCUGGACUUCUGGGUGAGCCCGUUCGGGCAGCGCGUGCGCAUCGCGCUGGCCGAGAAGGGCCUGCCCUACGAGUACGCGGAGGAGGACCUGAUGGCCGGCAAGAGCGACCGCCUCCUCCGCGCCAACCCGGUGCAUAAGAAGAUCCCGGUGCUCCUCCACGACGGCCGUGCCGUCAACGAGUCCCUCAUCAUCCUCCAGUACCUGGAGGAGGCCUUCCCGGACGCGCCCGCUCUGCUCCCCUCCGACCCCUACGCGCGCGCGCAGGCCCGCUUCUGGGCCGACUACGUCGACAAGAAGGUCUACGACUGCGGCUCCCGCCUCUGGAAGCUCAAGGGCGAGCCGCAGGCGCAGGCGCGCGCCGAGAUGCUGGACAUCCUCAAGACCCUCGACGGCGCGCUCGGGGACAAGCCCUUCUUCGGCGGUGAGAAAUUCGGGUUCGUCGACGCCGCCUUCGCGCCCUUCACCGCCUGGUUCCACAGCUACGAGAGGUACGGCGAGUUCAGCCUGCCGGAGGUGGCGCCCAAGAUCGCCGCGUGGGCCAAGCGCUGCGGCGAGCGGGAGAGCGUCGCCAAGAGCCUCUACUCGCCGGACAAGGUCUACGACUUCAUCGGCCUGCUCAAGAAGAAGUACGGCAUCGAGUAG